AUGGAUAGGGUCAGAAUCUUUCUGGAUCCAGAGAGGACGAGCCGCUCAGGGGCCGCCAUUUGCCGGUGGAAGCACCGAUCGCCCCGGAAAGGGAACCCGAGGGGAGUGCUCGGCCCCGCGUCCUCCUCCGCCGCGGCGCCCGCAGCAUCCCGGCUCCGCGCCCGCGCCGCCCCGGCGUCUCUGCGUCCUCCUCCAUUGUCAGCCCCGCGCCCAGCUCGGCAACCCGGAGGCCCUGGUCGCGCGCCCUCGGCCCUUGCGAGCCAGGGUCCCCCUCCCGGUCCCCUCGGCGCCCGGGCGCCUCCCUCCUCCCUCCCCCGCUCCCCGAGCUCCGCAUCCUCGAAGCCCAGGGCUCCCAGCACCGCCAGCCUGGCCGCGGGACCCCGCAUUUCUGCAUCCUCCCUGCUUGGCCCAGGGUGCCCCGGCCCCUCGCCAGCGGCGGGCAUCGCGCGGCGCCUUCGGCAUAUCCCCCUUUUAUCUCCCGAGGAAGCAAGUUGGGCAGAUCGAUUUAUUAAUUUCUGUGGCAGAGGUGGGUCGGUGACCGGGGUGCGCCCGCAGGGCUGCAGCGGAGAGGCGCCGUGGCUCCCUUCGGCCCCUGCACUGCCCGGGCAAGAGGGUUUUGUUUCCAGACCCCCGGCGCCCCCCGAAACAAUGAUGCCACGGGCAUGGCGGGCUCACCUGGUGCUGCACCGCGGGCUCCGGGCGCCCGGUGGCCUAGUGCGCGCCAAUCCCGGCCGCAGGUUCGGCCCGCGUACCGCCGGUGCUGGGCAGGACCCUGCCUUUCUUGGGGUUGUAUCUGUGCGUGUCAAUGGCGGCAAGCGGCAGUUCUCCGGGCCGCGGAUAGUAGCGGGGGGAGGAGGAGGAGGGAGAAGGGAUUGCUCCUUCUCCACAUAACCACCUCUAGGAGGAGUCGCUCAGCCUCAUCCCCCGCCAGCCCAGGCUCCGCGACGGGUCCGGGGGCUUUCGUGGGGCUUGAUGAGCUAUUGUCCUUCUGCAGUGGAACCACAGGGCCUGCGCCUCGCGGAGCUGUCGGUUGCGAGGACCCGGCUUCCCUAGAGCCCGGCACGGAGGCCUUGUGGUCACCAGCCACAGGCUCCAGAUAGCUCGACUCACCUUUACUGGGCGAAAGAGGUGUGGGCGUUCAUCUGCCCAUUACGGGAUGAGAAGGUGAACGAAAAAAAAAAAAAAGAAAAAAGCAAGCCACGUUGGAUGCAGCCCUGAUCUGAAAUUAUUACCAAACACGUUACUGUGUCGCGCACGGCGCCAAAGGAACCGAGAAUUUAUUCUGGUGAUUCGCUAGUAGUGAUGGAGAUCCAGAUGUGCUUCCUGGUGGAUGAAGACCGUGUGCCCGGCAUCAUUUAAAGAUUGGGUUGCGUUAAUUUGCCAUCUCCCGACAGUUAUUGAGGUUAAGCACAAAGAGUGUGUCUGAAGAAGCAUUUUUUAAAAUUGGUUUCUGGAAAAUUCAUUGUGAUGGCGGUGCAAUGGACAGUAUCAGGUGACACGACACUGGGCGCGUGCAGUUGCUUGGUCCCUGAUGAAAAACCAUGUUGUCUUUUGUACUGUGAACCCUGUCAAGGGCACAUGGCUCUGGGGCCAGUCACCAUAAGCAUUCACUUGAAUGGACGGUCCAUGGUGCCUCAGAUGUUUUCCUGCAUGAAUCAGAGGACUCUGAGAGGGAACCUUUUGAUCUCUGCAAAAAUAUAAAAAAACGUGAAGCUGAAAUCUUUAGCAAUGAGCGAAUGGACGUUGCCCAAACCCGUGACCUUCUGUAUGUGUGCUCGCUGCCACAAACUAACUAUACUUGUAUCUAUGUACGCAGUGGGGGGACAUUGGGGGUCACCAAAGACCUGUGAUUGCCUGGGUGGAGAGAAGUUAACCACUCAACCACCCUCGCCAUUUUAUCGAGCCGGCAGCUGGCAUUUAUAGACUGUGCUUUCCAUUGAGAAUGUGUAUUUUAAGCUUGAGUGUUUUGCUGAGAACCAGCCAUCUCUUCUGCUCUCCCCGCAAACCAUGCAUGGUUCAUUCUGCUGUAAACAUAUCUCCCAUAGCGGGGACCCCACAGUAUGAGAGAGGACAGACAGACAGCCUUGAGGCUCCUCAAGAAGAAGCCCUUGAUGCUCUCUGGGGAUGACCCUCCUGUCUUUUGUUUUGGAAAUCCUUACCAGGCCAGAAGCCCAGACAGGACACCAUCCUCUUUGUGUUUAAAGGAUUUCAAAUGGCCGCCCGAGAUGUCUCCUGGUAGCUAUUCCUGCACAUUCCUAAAGGGAGUGCCCAUCUUUCUUAUUAAAAGAAAAAAAAAAUCAAAAAACAAAAAAACUUCAGGCCGGCAUUCAAAAGAGUUCUAGCACCGGGGCUGGUGAGAUGGCUCAGUGGGUAAGAGCACCCAACUGCUCUUCCGAAGGUCCAGAGU